AUGUCGUCUCUGCGCAACGUGGUAAAGCGUCGUGAGCACAAGGAGCGUGGUCAGCUACGUGACCGACGAAAGCUUGGUCUCUUGGAAAAGCACAAGGACUAUGUGAAGCGUGCACAGGAUUACAACAGUAAGCAGAAGCGGCUUAAAAUGCUGCAGCUUAAGGCUGCGCUGCGUAAUCCGGACGAGUUCUACCACCGCAUGCAUAAUAACAAGACGGAGGGUGGUGUGCAUAUAUCCACGCACAAUCAUCUUAAAUCAUUAAGCACAGAGGCUCUUCGAACGCUUAAGACGCAGGACUUGGCCUACUUACAUCUGAAACGCGCUGUGGACCUACGCAAGGCUGAGAGACUCAACCGCGGUCUUCACUUUGUAGACGCGCCAAAGGAUAACAAGCAUACGGUGUUCGUGGAUGACAAAGAGCAGGUUGAGAACUUUGAUGUGGCUCAAUACUUUGAUACGGUUCCUGAGCUUGCAGACAGGGCAUUUAAUCGUAUUCGCAGGCGCGACCUUGAAAUGGUGGAACUGCCCGAUAUGGCGGCAUCUCCGAAGCAGAAGUACAAAAUGCAGGUGGAACGGGACGCUUUGUACAGAGAACUAAGGGAUCGAUUGACACGUGCCAAAAAGAUUGGGCAAAUGAGCGCCAAACUAGACUUGGAACGAAAGGUCCAGGCCAAAGGCAGGAAAAGGAAAGUCAAAGCCGCGGAGAACGGUAUGCCCGCUGUGUAUCGCUGGAAGCAGCAGCGACAGAAAUAA